GUUCAAGUGCUAAUUAGCCAUCAUAGCUUCAACUGAUCCUGGGAAUGUGGAACGCUCCAGCACGAGGCUCUUCAACAUCGACCCCUAGGUGUUUGUGGUAAUGCUCAACUGAUCUCAAACCCUAGGUUCUCUACCUCCCUCCAAUGUCGCCCGAAACCCUAACGGACUACGAGCGCCGGCGGCAAGAAAACAUCCGGCGAAACGCCGAGAUGAUGGAGACCCUCAGGCUCCAGCGCACCGCCGCCGACCUCCACUCUCUCCGCCCUCGCCGGACCCACCACCAGAAGAAACCCUCGUCCUCCAGCCGCCAAUCCCUCCGCAUCCGCGGCAAAUCCCCCGAGCGAUACCCUAAAUUCACCGAUCUCGAUGACUUAGCUCUAACCCUAACCCCAUCACCAUCUAAUCCCCAGCUUCUGAAUCCUUUGAUCGACGUCCGAUUCGAUCCGAGGUCUUCGAUGUUGCUGAAGCCGGAGAAUUCUGCGGUUAUUCUUACCAAAAUCAUAUCUUGUCUUAGAUUCUUGCCGUUCAAUGAUCGAACUGUGGUUGUUGCUGGGAACGCAGUUGGGGAUUUGGGCUUCUGGGUCGUGGAUUCUUUUAAUGGCAAGGGGCUGUAUUCUUGUUCUCUGCAUUCGAAUCUUGUUACGGGGAUUUCUGCACAUCAUUCCUCGCCUGCGAAGAUUUUUACGAGCAGUUAUGAUCGAUUUGUUCGAUUGAUGGAUGUCGAGCACGAGAAUUCGAAUGUUAUAGUUUGUUCUAGUGGUUCUGAUCCUUUUUAUUCUAUUUGUCAGUGGCCGGAGGAUGUUAGUUCGCUGUACAUUGGUGAGGGAGUAGGAAAGCUCAAAGUUUGGGAUGAGAAAGCUGGAAAAGCUUCGAGCUUUUGGGAGAUGCAUGGUGGUAGGAUUAAUUCUAUAGAUUUCAGCCUGGUAAAUUCUCACUUGAUGGCUACUAGUUCAUCUGAUGGGAUGGCUUGUAUAUGGGACUUGAGGUUUAUGAAGAGAGAUCGGCCUGAGUGCUUAAAUAGAGUUGUUCAUGAGAGGGCUAUUAAUUCUGCGUAUUUUUCGCCCUCUGGAAGUUGUCUUGCUACUACGAGUGAUGAUGAUAGAGUUGGAAUUCUGAGUGGCGGUAACUUUGAUGAGCAAUGCAUGAUUCCUCAUAAGAAUCGAGGAGCAAAAUUUGUAUCCUCAACAAGAGGAAUAUGGGGAUGGAGUGACUCCUACUUAUUUUUGGGGAACUUGGAAGGUGCAAUUGAUGUCAUUUGUAUUGGCAAUAAAACAACUAUGGCUUUGGAAAGCCUGCAUAUGAGCUUGACGCCGCAACAUUUGGCUGCACACCCGUAUAAAUUGGGAUCUCUUGCUGCAGCAACUGGCGGUGGCAAAGUCUUCCUAUGGUCGUCCAAAUAAGAAUGUGUAGAUGAUACGGGGAAAGCUGAAGAAAUGAAGAAACAGUGUGAGCAACUGACACUGCACAAGAAAAUUUGGGAAAUUGCAUCUACUGUGUAAAGCAUACACUCACUGUGACUGGUUGAAAUGCCAUAUUCUCUUGUAGCAAAAUGCAUCUCAAUAGGGCAUACACCGUCAUUGACGAUGGUUCUUGAAAUUACCAUCUUGAGUAAAUAUCAUCUAUUUUAGUUGAGUUAGAA